AUAAGAAUCGAAAUGAGCAGAUUAAUAAUCAACGCAGUUUUGUUACUGAUAGUGCAUGAAAUAUAUUCUGUAGCCACAGCUACCGAUCAAGAGACAUGUGAAUCCGAUCGACUUAUGGAAGAACAAUGCCGGAUUCAUAAUUAUAAAACUGUGAAACCUCUACUUGACUAUUUUAGGCAAGUUCAAAAUGAGUUAGAAGACAAAGAAAUUAAGGAAAAGAAGUUAAAUGAAUUGAAUUCUGAUCUUAUAGAAAAGUAUCAUGACAUUGUAAGAAUUCAUGAAAAAUUCAUGAAGGAGGAAGCUCUAUUAGAUGAGUAUAAAAACAAAGUACUUAAAGGGGAAAGCGAUUUACAAUUGAGUCAAAAUAAAGUUGAGAAAUUACAAUCUGAAAUUAAUUCAAAACAAAAUAUUAUUGUGAAAUUAAAAGGACAAUUAGCAGAUAAAUCCACCAACUUAGAAAAUUGCGAACUUCAAUUCAAAAAUCUUAAUUCUAGCAUAAUUGAAAAAGAUGAAAAAAUAAAGAGAUUUAGUGAGAAUAUUCAAAAUAAUACUGAACAUCAGAAAACACUUGAAAUGCAAUUAGAGAACAGUAAAACUAAAUUAAUGAAGCAAGAUAAAGAUAUUCAGUUAUGCCAAUCUGAAAUUGAUACAUUAAAUCGGACAUCAGAAAACAUCAGGAAACAACAGAAAAAAAUUGAAAUGGAAUUCAAAGAUAGUCAAACUAAGCUAAUAGAUAAAGUGAAAGAAAAUCAUUUAUGUCAAGCUGAAGUUGAUACAUUGAAUAAGACUUUACUCAAUUCUAUUAUCCCAUCAAGUUGCUCUCCUUUUGGAGAUUCAGAUGUUCAUCCACUCAAUGUUUCUGGCAUAGGUUUCUUCGAUGUUUUAUGCAAUAGUCAGUUAGCUGGACCUGGAUGGAUUGUAAUACAACAAAGAGUUGGGGGAAAUGAGAGUUUCAAUAGGGAUUGGGCAACGUAUCGCAAAGGUUUCGGUGAAAUGGAUAGCGAUUUCUUCCUCGGACUAGAGAAAAUUCAUCGUAUCACGAGUUUGCAGAGAUUCGAACUUUAUAUACAUUUGGUUGCUGUGAAUGGAAGUGUUUUCAACGCUCGAUAUGACGACUUCAAAAUAUCUGAUGAAGACAAUGGAUACGCACUGAGUUUGGGUAAAUUCGAUGAAACUGUUAUUGGGGAUGCGAUGAGAGACGGCGAAAACAUGAAAUUCACAACAUUUGAUCGCGACAACGACUCUGAUGAUGGUAAUUGCGCAGUUGGACACAAAAGUGGCUGGUGGUACACGGAUUGUUAUUAUUGUAAUUUAAAUGCACCAUAUGGGGAAUAUCUAAUUUGCUACCUACGAAAUCCAUUGAAAGAAGCUAAGAUGCUAAUUCGCCCCAAAAGAAGCGAUGAAGAAGUUAGCAACUGAAGAGCUGAAAUUCCAAUAUUUGACUCAAUUAUGUAAUCAUUUGUAUUUAAUUGGUGCAUUAAGAA